UUUUGAGUGACUUCCAGGGGUCAGGUUGAGGCUGAGUAGGCAUUAUGAAAGUCAUGGAUUACUACAGAAAACAUGCAGCUGUCAUUCUCGUUACAUUGACUGUGUUUCUACAUAUUCUCUAUUCCUUCCCCGAUGGUGAAUUUGGAAUGCAGGGUUGCCCAGAAUGCAAACUAAAGGAAAACAAAUAUUUCUCCAAGCUGGGUGCUCCAGUUUACCAGUGCAUGGGUUGUUGCUUCUCCAGAGCAUAUCCCACCCCAGCAAGAUCUAAGAAGACAAUGUUGGUCCCCAAAAACAUCACCUCAGAAGCUACGUGCUGUGUGGCUAAAGCAUUUACCAAGGCCACUGUAAUGGGAAAUGCUAAAGUGGAGAACCACACGGAAUGCCACUGUAGUACCUGUUAUUACCACAAAUUCUAACUACUCUGCAAAGAGCCUGCUGAUGAUUGCUAGCUUCCCAAGAUGGAAAAUUAAUUUGUUCAGUGCUAUGGCUUUGAGACAUAAAACCUCCUUUCCCCUUAUCAUACCUCUACCGACAUGCUUCAAGGAUAUACUGCAGCUUAAUUGUCUUUUUCUUUCUCCAAUGAUAUAAUCAAUGAUCAAAUUCUUUAAAUUUGGUAUGAGCUUCAAGCAUGAUCAUUAAAAACCUGGUCCCACUAGAAAUAAAGUCUUUCAAUCAUGA